AUAAAUGUCCGACCCAUGUGUUGCGUGUUGUGAGUUGACCAUACUGUUUUGAGUACGAAGUCAAGAAAAUCCUGAGUUCAAGAUGAGAGUGAAAUUACUCAGUAGAAAUCCAGACGACUAUCUAAGAGAGACAAAGAGGGAUAUACACCGUGUGCCAAGAAACUAUGACCCAAGCCUCCACCCGUUUGAAACAGGGCGUGAGUACGUCCGAGCUGUAAAUGCCACCAAGUUGGAACGUGUUUUCGCCAAGCCGUUUGUUGGAUCAUUGGAUGGUCAUCGUGAUGGGGUCACCAGCAUGUGUAAACACCCCAGCAGCAUCUCUCUGCUUCUGUCAGGCUCCUGUGAUGGAGAGGUCAGGGUUUGGAACUUGGCCAAACGUGACUGUGUGACGGCCAUUCAGGCACAUGACGGCUUUGUCCAUGGACUAGACUGUCAUCACUCACAGCCUUACUUCUUCACAUGUGGGGCAGACAGCACCAUCAAGCAGUGGCGGAUGACAGCAGAAGGGGGCAUAGAUGUGGAGCCCAUGAACAUCAUCCUGGGGAAGACAAUGUUCCAAUCUGACUACCACUGGUCAGAAAAUAUCUUUGCAAAUAGCUGGAGGAAGGAUGACAUUUGGGAUGGAGCACAAGGUCAAAAUAAACUGGAUCAUUAUCUGAAAUCGGACAGCAUGAAGCAGUCAAGGACAAAUCCAGUAGAGGUGGUUCAUGAUACUGGGAGUUCAGGGUGUGACAUGAUUCACUUUACACUUCCCUCUUCUGUACAGGUCAUCCUGAAGAUGUGUUCCAAUGCCAUCGCCUGGAACCCAAUGGAGGCUUUCACCUUCACUGUGGCGAAUGAAGAUUACAACCUGUACACGUUUGACAUGAGGAAACUUUCAAUGCCUCUCAACUUUCACAUGGACCACAUCUCAGCAGUGAUGGAUGUUGACUACUCACCGACUGGACGGGAGUUCGUGUCAGCUGGGUAUGACAAGUGUAUCAGAAUAUUUCCUGUUGACCAGAGACACAGCAGAGAGAUCUACCAUGCCAAGCGGAUGCAGCGUGUCAAUGUGGUUCAGUGGUCUCUCGACAAUAAGUACAUCCUGUCCGCCUCAGACGAGAUGAACAUCAGAGUAUGGAAAGCAAAUGCUUCAGAGAAACUGGGUGUGCUGAAACCGAGGGAGAAAACUGCUUUCAACUACAAUGAGAAACUGAAGGAAAAGUUUGGACACCAUCCGCAAGUCCGCCGUAUUUCACGGCAUCGCCAUGUGCCCAAGUUUGUCUACAAUGGUGCCAAGGAAAUAAAACUCAUCAGAGCUUCACACAGGCGAAAGGAGAGCAACCGUAAAGCACACAGUAAGCCCGGGGCCGUCCCGGACGUCAAGGAGAAGGAGAAGCAUGUGCUGGGGGAGGUGGAGUGAUGAGGGCUGCAGUGAGGUGCUGGUCCAGGUUGUGCUGAUCCAGACUGGGGCAGUGGAAGAUAGUACAUCUUGAUGAAAUGACAUUUUAUAGUAUAUUUCCAUGUGUAUGAGAGGACAGUCCAUCGCACACUAACGUUAGGAGGAAGGCUGUAUCCCUUUGUGGUUGUACAGUGUCAUGUUGAUCCUGUGUGAGUUGUGCAUGGAAGAGAGUGACAGAGGGCAAGCUUGUUGUGUUAGCACUGCAUGUCCAUUAUGACAAGAGGUCAUGUGCCCAGGAUCACAUUCUACAGAUGGCACACAUGGUUGUUGGGUGCGCCCAGGUUCACAUUCUACAGAUGGCACACAUGGUUGUUGGUUGUGCCCAGGAUCACAUUCUACAGCUGGCACAUUUGGAUAUAGGUUGUGCCCAAGAUCACAUUCUACAGCUGGCACACAUGGUUGUUGGUUGUGCCCAGGAUCACAUUCUACAGCUGGCACACUUGGAUGUAGGUUGUGCCCAAGAUCACAAUCUACAGCUGGCACACAUGGUUGUUGGGUGUGCCCAGAAUCACAUUUUACAGCUGGCACUCAUGGUUGUUAGGUGUGCCCAGGAUCACAUUCUACAGCUGGCACACAUGGUUGUUGGGUGUGCCCAGGAUCACAUUCUACAGAUGGCACACAUGGUUGUUGGUUGUGCCCAGGAUCACAUUCUACAGCUGGCACACAUGGAUGUAGGUUGUGCCCAAGAUCACAUUCUACAGCUGGCACACAUGGUUGUUGGUUGUGCCCAGGAUCACAUUCUACAGCUGGCGCACUUGGAUGUAGGUUGUGCCCAAGAUCACAUUCUACAGCUGGCACACAUGGUUGUUGGUUGUGCCCAGAAUCACAUUUUACAGCUGGCACUCAUGGUUGUUAGGUGUGCCCAGGAUCACAUUCUACAGCUGGAACACAUGGUUGUUGGGUGUGCCCAGGAUCACAUUCUACAGAUGACACACAUGGUUGUUGGGUGUGCCUAGGAUCACAUUUUUGCACACAUGGUUGCUGGAUGUGCUGUGAUGGCACAUGUCAUUAGCUAUUUGAACCUAUCUGUUCGAGAAAGUAGAUCUCCAGACUUGCUCUUUGCUGUAUGAACACCAAUCAAAUAAACAUCAUGUAUUAAUUUCA